AUGAAAACCUUAGAAAGCAUCCAAAACUACGAACUGUACAGAGCGAUCCUCAAUUAAGUUCUAGGAAAAACAACACGGGAGGUAAUCUUAAUAAGCGACAUAAACUAGGACAAGUAAAGAGCGAAACCGACAUAGAUUUCUUUGAUAACUCACAAUUAGGCAAAGAUCGUAUGGUGAGUAAAACGAAAAAGGGUGUUCCAACAUCCACUCAUUCAGAUGACAGAACAAUCUUUAUGCAGAGAAAACUAAAACGUCGUCGCAAAUUUAGGCCGGAGAGCGGUUCUCAAAUAGCUUUGGAAAAGGAUAGCGUUAUAUCGUUCAGUGACUCAGUGAAUAAAAUUAUUAUGGCCAAUCAACCACGGAGAAGUGUCCGAAGAUUAAUUCGCAUGCCAUUGAUGGUGCCCAAAAAGCUUCCCAGCACUCCACCAAAAGUUCAGGUAGAAAGUCACUAUAAGUCCUUAAAAAAGGAUCCAUUCUUCCUUCCAAAGAGCGAAUCGGUAUCAAAGACACUCCAUAAGGUGACCAGCGAUCCAGGGGUGGUCACUCGGAAGUCGACAAUAAAGUAUCUUUCAGAAAGCUACCUAUCGAAGCCAAAGGCCCGGAGCAGCAAAGUUGUUGUCCAAGAAAAGACUGAAACUAGUGAAACCAAAAACGUUCCGGGCAAGAAAGCUGACAUACCGCUUACUUUUAAUCCGCAGAAUCAAUCGCAUAUUCGUAUUGUUGAUCAAUUUAGUCAUCGAAAUAUCACAGCAAACGAAAAAGGUAAAUUAAGCCAGCCAUUCGAAUUGAACUAUGAGGCUUUGCCAGGAAAUCUUGAUCAUGGACUCAUGACUCCGGACGACCGUUACUUGGGUGAUUUCGAGGGGGCUAGAUUCGAAAUAAAAGACCUGGUGUCAGAUAGUAAAUACGAACCGUUGCAGAUGUUCCUAAAGGAUGUCAUAGAACAUAAUCAUAUCCUUGAGUACGUGGCUGAUAUCAAGGGACUUAUGCAGGCAGUGGGCAGUCAUCCAAUGUGGGCCAAUCUUGGGGCUCUGCAUCUGGAACUCUUGGAAUCGGGCUUCAGUCAAGAGGAAGCUAAGCAAAUCCUAACCGCUAAGUAUUUGGACUAUCUCAAGGUCAUUGUGUCCGACAUGCACUUCGCCCGUAUAGAGCUACCCAGAGAUUCAUUGACAAAUACCGAUACUUCAAAGACUAAACAGAUCAGCCAAGUGGACAGCCUGUUCGAGGGGGGCUUUAAGAGCAGGCAUCGUCAGAGCACACCACUCUUUUCAUUUGGCUUACGAGGACUUGAAUCCUCCUUCAGCCUUAAUAGCAUCGACGACUUAGAGCUCAUUGCAGAGCAGAAUAUGUUCGAUAUCGAGAGGAGAUACUCUUUAGAUAACAUCAGGAGCAUGAUGCUGGAGCAUCAUAUGAUGUUUUUGGCAAUCGAAAAAAAGAGGAAAAUAGCGGAGGUGGACUACAAAAAGAUGGAGGGAAAGCUGCAGAAAAUGUACUCCACCCAACAGUUUAGACGUCCUGUGGAGAAGUCCACCUCUUUUACUGCGAAGAAACGUCGAAACAUCAGACCCGUCGAGCAGCUUUACUACUCACCAAGGAAGACUUGUCGCCUGCAGAAAAUAUGUUCGGAGUGUUCGGAAUGCGAGAGUGUGGAGAAGGAAAUUGGGGAUUCAAUGGUCCUUAAAAAGUGUCCCAGAUGUGGGGUCGAAGUGCCAGUGCCGGCACAAACUCGAUCAUUCAUCAUUUCGCCAUCAUCUAGCGGCGAGAUCUAUGUACUCGCUGUGGCUAUGUCCAUGAGAAAAAGUAUCCUUGCUCCCAGUCACCAUUGAAAACGCGGAAGGCUAAGCUCAUAAAGCGGAUUAAGGAUACCAUACGUGAGGGGAGUGCCCCAGAGUGUCCGGUAUUUUGCUCGCCCCGCGGGAUUCUAAAGAAAACCGGAAAG